AUGUCGUCGCGGCUUGUCCUAAUACUGGGCGACCUCCAUAUCCCCGACCGAGCGAUUGACAUCCCCCAGAAGUUCAAGAAACUCCUCACGCCGGGGAAGAUCGGGCAGAUACUAUGUCUGGGCAACCUCACAUCACCGUCCGCGUACGCCUUCCUGCGCAAUCUAGCGCCUGAUCUGCAACUCGUGAAGGGUGACUUCGAUAUUCCCCUCUCGUCGCCCGCACCCGCUGCUGCCUUCCAGCAAGGCCAGCAGCCUCCGAGCGAAUCCAGCUUUCCAAUCCCCACAGCUCUCAGCAAAGUAGUCACGCAUGGCAGCUUACGCAUCGGCUUCACACACGGCGAUAGCAUAAUUCCUCCCGGCGAUCCAGAUGCACUGCUUAUUGCAGCGCGCCAAAUGGACGUCGAUGUACUAUGCUGGGGUGGAACGUGCAAGUUUGAGGCAUAUGAAAUGGAAGGAAAGUUCUUCGUCAAUCCCGGUAGCGCUACUGGAGCCAUUAGCUGGGUCGACGAGACGUUACCUGAUGUUGGAGAGGAUGGCGAGGAAGGAAAUGUGCCGAGCUUCGUGCUGAUGGACGUUCAAGGAGACGUGCUGGUGCUGUACGUGUAUCAGUUGAAGAAGGACGCUGAAGGCAACGAGAAUGUGGCUGUCGAGAAGGUGUCUUUUCGCAAAGACGUUGCGCGCACUUGA